GCCAAGAUGGAUUAGCAAUGGAAAUUAUGUCGAUACGAUGAAGAUAAGCUAUUCUCCUAUUCACACGAGCCACAUGGUUGGACACAGAAGACAAAAAUACCUUUUGUACAUUGGCUUGAUAUUGGUAAUCUUGGUUGUGUUAAUUUUGUACUAUUUCGGGGCGAAAAGAGAGCCUGAAAAUCUCACUGUGCUUGGAGGAAGUGGUAGUGAAAAUCUCCCAGCAGAAAUUUCUGCUAUUGAACCGUACGACAAUUCUGUGAAAUUUGACUCGGUAAGUAUUACUUGGUUACAUUUCAUGGCUAAACUUCAGAAUACCCCGCCACUUUGGUCGGGGCUGUCCUGGUGUACCGGUAUACGGGGGAAUUCCUAUUGUUUUCAUAUCCACACAUGGAGUUGUGACGCAGUUCGUUAAUGUUUCGUUCCUUUGUGUACCGGUACACGAGGACACAACCCUUUGGUCCGCCUCACUUACAUGUGUCGGGAGGCUUUGAAGAUCGAGGCAUAACACAAUAGAUGCUAUUCUUAUUCAAUAACAUGUAAAUGAGUGGCGGGGUAUUCUGAAGUUGCUCCCAUUUCAUUUCUGAGUGACGACUGGAUAGAAGGUUCCUGCAUUUUACUUUUUAGGUAUUAACAGCUGUAUGCUUUAAAAUCUCGCACUGUCGUUUUUGAUACUGUUUAGUUUACAUCCUGAUUGUUAAGACGUUUCUAGUAACUGAAUUGUAAACUAGCUCUUUAAGCUCAUGAGCAAGAUUUAGGGUAGUAUAAUUUCAAAUAGUUAACUAGCAUAGUUAAAGUUUUGUUAUUUAUUGAAUUCAAUGAGCGUAAAAUCUCUGCUUGUAGUAAUAGCGUUCAAAUUCAGAAUCACUUGCAAUUGCAACUUGGCAACAGCUACAUUUUUCUUAGUUUAAUUUGUUCUUAAUAACAGCAAUGGCUCAAAAAGAACUGUUUACAAGGGUUUAAUGUAACAGAAGAAGUAGGAAAUAUUGGGAAACUUGUGGAUGCUUGGAAAAAUGCCCCUCGCAGAGAUUGCAGGUACUUUCUUUGACCUUACUAUUAAUCAUACAUUUCUUUUGAUGUUAUUUCUAAGAAUUUUUUUAGUAAAGAGAAACAUUCCACAUGGCUGAUAUCUUUCUUUACAUGUACUUCCAUCCCCUGCUUGCUUGAGAGUGUUUUGAAAAUGCAAGGAAAAAUUAUGUCCUUGUCUUUACUCUCUUGAAGCAGGGAUGUGCAGGGGUGAGAACCCUCUCCUCCCACCAUUAUGACUUGGGUUUGAUUCCCAGACCUGGUGUCACAUGUGCUUGAGUUUGCUGUUAGUUCUCAUCCUUGCCCUGAGGGUUUUUCUCAGGGUCCUCUGCUUUUUCUCUUUCUUCAAUAACCAACAUUUUAAAUUCCAACUCCACCUGGAAACAGUUAAAAGGAGAAGCCACCUUACUUGUGGAUUGUGCAAUGCUAAAUCCCUUUAUUUAAAUUUAUUUAUUUAUUUACUAGGAAUAAAUUGGGUCAUUUCACAUACUUAAGAGGAACAUGUGAUAUAUGUACCUCUUACUUUAACCAAGUGUGAGGUCCAUGCUGUAAAUUAUGGACCCAUUCUUUUCUGCCUAGAUUUAUAUCAGGUGAAGCACACAGGCUAUAUAUCUGAGCAGAAAAAUGAGGUUUUAAAAACUUACAGUAUGGACUGAGGAAGUAAUUUUAAUAACUUAUUAAUUUUUUUAGGGCUCUAGUAAAGGAAGGGAAUUUCACUUCAGACAAAUCUUUUGAUUUAGUGAGCCAUACAGUGAAAUAUGGCCCACUAAUGUGACCAAUCAUAGUGCCAAGUUAAUACAUGCCUCACCAGAACUCAGAUAUUUUAGUUAUCCCUUUGUCUUGAUAAAUUAAUUUCACUAAUUAACGAGUUGCAGAGCUAAGUUUAACAUUAACCACAUUUUCCUUUUUCUUUACCACAACAGAAUUGUUUCCAAUAAAUAUAGUGUUUGUGUGCUAGCUGAUUCACAUGCUUUUGUUAUUUCAUAGGGAUUUAUUUGAGACAUUUAAGGAUGUUUAUCUUGUCCAGGACAGAAGUGCGCCAUUAGUAAUACCUGAUACCUUUGCACCCAAGGUAUGAUAUUAUCUUAACCCUUUAACUCCCAAGAUCUCCCUAGUAAUUCUCCUUACUGUCUGCCCAACAAUUUUCAUUAUGUUAGUUUGGAGAAUUUGGUAUGGGAUCAAUUAGUAAUCCCAUAAUUUAUAUUUUUCUUUAUUCUCAUUACUUGUCUGCAUGAUAUUGUAUAGAUAUUGUAAAGACAAAACUCUAUCUUGGUCACUCACAGGAGUUAAAGCUGACUACUGCUACAGGCCACAAAUUCCAUUCCUUUGAUGGUGUUAUAACAAUGUUUAUGUAAUGAUAUGGAGAUAAUUGUCUGUUUUUGCAAUCUGUGCAGAAUGAUACUUUGUUUGUAUGUGUUUAUGUAAUAUUUGUGUGUUGUGUGUUUAUUUGUGAUGGAAUAUGUGGAGUGACAUACCCACCUUACAAUUUAUAUAUAUGAAUAUGUACUGGUAAAUAUAUCUAAAUGCAUGCUGGCACUCACUUUUGUUAACCCCUUAAUUCCCAAGAUCCAAAUGUCAAUGCGAUUCUUUUUCACUUUGGCGACCAAAUCUCUGUUUCAUCAUAUAUUUCUCUGUUUGUUUCCAAUUUGCUCUUGGAUUUAGGAAUUUGGUGAUAUAUCCAUCCUAGGAUAAAAAUCUUUUCCCUAACCUAAUUUCUAGAAUGAUGACAGCUUAAAAAAAGGGACAAAAUGCUUUAUUUUUUUUGAUGAAUUUAGGAGCAGGAUGUAUGCAAAAAAAAAAAUUAAAACCUUUGAUUGGUGUUAUUAAAAAUUCUAACUAUUUUUUUGGUGAGAAACAGCAGGAUGUAUGCAAGAAACCUUUGAUGUUCAUCUAAGAAGGAACAAUAGCAGAAAUUGUAAAUUAAAGUAAAGAUUAAAAUUUGUGUAAUAAUGGUAGAUUAUUUGUUCUAGCAGGGAUAUCACUGAAAUAGAAAAGGGGCACUUAUUGUAUUAAGGUUGCCAAUAUGUGUCAGGGGUGCUUAUUAAAACAGUGCUUAUAAACAAAAGCAAAUUCAAUAGGUGUUUAUUAGGGAGGGGCUGCUUAUUGGAACAAGGGGGCUAAAUCAAAUCAUUAUGGUGGUAUAAAAUCUAUGUAAACUGCAUGUUGUAUCAUAUGUAAUAUGAUAAGGGUUAAGUAAAGUUUAUUGUUGUUGUUUUUGUUUAUUUGUAGGUUUUAAAGUGGCUUGGGGGAAAACAGGAAUUGCUAAAGGAGACAACUUUGCAGGUACUAAUGGACAAACAAGAUUUUAAUAUACUAUUAUAAUAAUUGCUAAUAGUAAUUGUGAAAUCAUUGAAAAAUCAAUCAAAAUGAAUGUCUAUAUUUUAAAUUGGUGUGUAGAGAUGACAGUUAUUUAGAUCACAGCCUAUAAGUGCAAGACUCCAACAACUUGAUCCACAUGUAUAUCACCAGAUCUAACUGAGUACAUCAGUAUGUAUGUAUGUUCUCCUUACUGUUCUCUAUAAAUUUUCUUGAGAUGGUGACAAGGAGAAAUUGUUUAACAAUCAAAGGCUUCCUUUGUUUCAUUUCAUUUCUGUUAUUCUCAUGACCAUAACGUGUGAUUCAUGGGUGAUAUUGUAUGGAGAAAUUAGAUGCUAGUCACUCUUAGGAGUCAAAGGGUUGAUUGUGUGAGGUUACCAAAAGGUUAAACAAAGAUCCCUGAAUCUGGAGGUCUGCUAACCACACAUAAAUCCAGUUUAGCUAAAGCUGAUAUUAUUCUGCACUUGCCCAAUAAAAUAUUGCAGCUCUUGCCAUUGAUGAGAUUUUGAAAUUCAUUAUUCCCAAACCUUAUUGACAUCAGUGUAUUGGCUACUUAUUUUUCAGCCAAUUACAUCAGUGGAAAACCUAUAUACUCAAGAGUCCACUGUGUUUAAUCCUCUUCGUGCAAAACGGCCUGGUGCGGGAGGAGGGGCUACUGAGGAAACCAAGAAAUAGUAAGUAAAUCUAAGAGUGUGUAAAUGGGAGUUGGUAUGUUGUUGGGGCACAUUAAGUUUGUGUCCAUGCUUGUGUAUUCAGGAUGAAGACAGAGUAUAUUCUUGAUGAAUCUACUUUUUGUUUGGUUUACAUUUGAUGCUUUUCUAGAUGAUUUUGAAAAACAUAGUUGGCUAUCAACUAGAAAUUGAUGAAGAUAGCCUGUGAGCAGGCUGUAACUCCCAUGAUCUGAUAGUUAAUUCUUGCUUCCAGCUGCUACACAUUCUCUUGUAAUGAAGUUAUGAAAAUUUUAUUUUAGAUCAAGAUAACAACUUCUACCAAAUAGAGUAUUUGAAUAUUCUCAUUACCUGUUUGCUGAAUAAUGUAUGGAUGUUAUAGGGAGAAGCUACAUGUUAAUCACUUCUGGCAGUCAAAGGUUUAAGGGUUUUGCAUGAAGCUUGUGACACAUGAAUGCUGCAGGACUAAUAGGAGCCUUGUAGCUUACAAUGAGGCUCCAAGUUCCCCUUUCAAAAAGUUGCCUUUUGGUCACAAAAAAGGAAAAAAAAAGAAAUAUCCAUGGGAGGACACUUCAUGAUGCAUCACUGGCAUUUGUACAUUUGUUCAUUUGAAUAAACAUCAAUAGAUUUUUCUAAUUUUUCUUUUUAAAUCUGUUGGUCGCCACUUGGCGACUUUUGUCGAAAUUUUAGUCACCAAAUAUAUUUUUAACUCACCAUGGCAACCAAAAGGGUCACAGCUGGGAGCGCUGCACAGUGAUGGGUUGAUAAACCAUCUUUUGGUGAAUUUAACAAGGUCUUAUCUUGUGAAUGAGACCUAAGUUUUUGCUUUUUAAUUUUUUUAAUGAUUAUUUAUUUCCCUUUUUUAACUUCUGUAUCAUUCUUGAUGUGUAAUUAGGUGUUUAAAAUUUUUGCCAGUGCAGCACAGAAAUUUCUUUUGAUAAAAGUAAUGUUACCUUGCUUAUAUGAAGGAUCUUUAGCUGAUAUAUGUACAUCUUUAUUUCACAUAGAAAAUUACAUGCAUGAUAAAUGAUUGAAGUUCAUUACAUUUUACAAUCUUUUCAGUCUUGCAGAGUUGAUUCAGUCUAGUGCUAAAGAAUGUGACUUCUGUACUUAUAAAGUGUAAGAACUUUUCUCACUUAUAGAAAUUAUAAAUUAAAAAAUAUAUUUUUUCAUCAUUUGAAGUGUAUAAGGGGUUAUUAUUAUUGCAGAUUUUGCCACCUGCCUUUUGAUUAUUCAGGGGGUGGUUUUUUAUCACUAUUGAAACAAGUUGUCAAACACCUGUGAAAAAAUACUUCCUAUUACAGGUUAUUCAUUUGAUCUCAGAUUAAAAAGGGGUGGAUUUUUAUUAUUACUGACUAUUCAUGUAAUCCCAGAGGUGUAAUUCAAGCACAGAAAUGAUUCUUGCAGGUGGACUGCUAUUAUAGUUAUUGAUGAGAUUCAAAACUGUAUCUCCCAGAUACUAGUUGGAUGUUAUUAGUAUCUUGGAGUUGUCGAAUCACGUGGAACCCUAAAUUUUUUCAGGUGUCUUUUCAGCAAUUGCAAGAAUUACAGUCCACUUGCAGGGAUCAUUUCAUUACUUUGCAUGUUUGUCAUUCCCAAGUUACAAAAGAAAAAAACGGAAUUAUUUCAUUACAAGUUAGAGAUAUAAUAAGAUGAUAUCAUAUGACUCGUGACUCCAGAUCCAACUGUAUGACUUAUUGUUUGUUUGUUUCUUUGAAUGUUUUUCCAGAAAUACUGCAAAGGAUCCUUUUGAAAGUGUUGAGUCCAAACAUUCACUCUCAGGUAUAACCGUAUGUUAUAUAGAGACACAAAAUGAUAAGUUCUUAGAAUUAAUAUGAUACGUACACCUAGAAAUUCUUACAAGUGAGUGUCGUGUAGCGGUUAAAUGAGGUUAUAGACCAGCUUAGUGGGUAUAAAAGAGUUUAAGGGGCUUUUUUCACCUUGAAUUGAUGAUCGACUGGCGUGGAGAAUCUCAUGAGUUAUAGCCGCGUGACAACGGACGGUUUGCACAUGUGAUUCUUGCCUCUUGUGCACGGGAAUGGUGAUAAUCGGCUAACGUCGAGCAUGCGUACGUGGAUACAUUUGGGCCGCCCGCGCACCAAUUUCCCGCGCUAAAUUUCAGAGGGAAACCCAAGAAACAACCGCUGACACGCUUGAUUUAUAAUUUUGUUUUGAGCAUGUCGAAAAUGUUUUAUGCUUCACUGUGUGAUAAGUAGUUGGGGCUAAUUAACGAAAUGGUGCAUCACAUUUAUGCGGUCAAUAACGCGGGCGUGAGCGAAAUUCGCGAAGAAAUAAGGAACUGGCAUUUAAAACUGAGGCAUUAUGUCGUGAAGGCAAUUUUCUUAUUUCCAGUGCUUUAAGGAGAAAAUUAAUUUUGUGAAAAUAUUCAGGGUGUGUACAAAGUUUCUGGAAGUUGUUAUGUAAAAGAAAAGCGGUAAGAGAAACAAUACUUGGAAGCAACAGAACGGAAAAUCAAACAUACAAACGACACAAAAUCCGUUUUCCGCGCCAAAGCCAAGCCGCACACGCAGACGUUAUUCAGCUCUGUAGCUCUGUCAUAAAUUGGUUUUUACAGCCUGAAAGAGUGAAAGUUAGCCUCCAAUCUAGACACAGCGGCAAAAUGAGUGCCCAUGCUUUCAACCAGCGAGAAAUUUACGCGUGAUAAGGAAUAGGACUAACAAUAUUUCCAUAGUAACACUAUUGAGGCAAAAUGGCGGCAUUUUAAAAUUUCAGUUGCUUGUUUUCAUUUCGCGGGAACAAGGCCAAAUCAAAACAGAUAAGGUUGCAGUUUUCAGGAAAGUUUCUCGUACCACAUUCGUCAUAUAUUUCACCCAAAGAAAAACGUUUUUUGGUGACAGGUGUGAAUUUAGUGACUGAAGUUGAGCAGCCUUUAACAUGGUUCCUAGCACCUGUUGUCGUUUUGGUUCUUCUUGUCAUCGCCUCCUCACUAGAUAAACCCCACCCCACCCCCCAACCCCCCGGAGAAAAACGUUUGUUGUUUCGGUGGAAAAAGCCGCGUCAGCUCAUUUUUGCUGAAAAAAAUCGUAGCUCUGAACGCUUUGAUGGCUCGAGUAGCGGAGCAUGCGUACUCAACAACGAACCGACGCCAUUUAUUCUAUUCCUUGCAAUGACCGUGACAACGAAUACAUCGGACAGACCAAACGUCAGUUUGGUACAUGUUUGAAAGAGCAUCAAAAAGCGGUUUUCUUUUGCAAAAAAGAAUAUUCAGCUUUAUCGGAGCACGCAUGCCUAACUAACCAUAUAGUUGGUAGGGAUAAGUCUAAAUUUAUCACCACUAAUCGGCGUUACCACCAGCGCCUUUGUUUGGAAGCUUGGCCUAUUAACUCCGUCGUGUCGAAACGUUGGGUCUACGAAUUGUAACUUCUUCGGUUACAUUCAUUAAAUCUGUAAACCAGAGUAGUAUCAAACCAUGUCAGAGGAAUAUUAAAUCUGCCUUAGAGGGCUUUUCGAUUGAGUGUCCCAUAACCUAAAGUGUAGAAUUCACAAAGGCCAGUUAGAACACACAACACACUGAAUCAAAAGGAAUCAAACAGAUCUCAAAAUAAUAAUAAGCAAACUCUUUCGAGCGCGGGAAAACGCGGAUUUCCAAUCGGCGGUUGGAUUUAGUUUUGCAUCUGAUUAGCUGAGAGGGUGGCAGACCAAAGUAAGAUCGAAGAUAACUGGAACUAAUGUAAUCUCCGUUUACUUUUGACACUCAAUCGAUAUUUGCUCUGAAAUCGGCUCGGCUCUUUUCAUGUUAUUUUUUUCGUCUGUUGCAGUUUCCAACACAUUUAAAGUAGAGAAGUUCCACAGUCUUAUCAUUUGGAGGCGGCAUAAUCCACUAGAAAUAAAUGAAGAAGAAGUAAGUAGAACGAAAUGAAACUUCACCUUUCUGUUUUGUUUUUUCGCGAGAAAUUUGUAGCGUGCCUUUUAUAACUUCGUCGGUUACUUCAAUUUUACCACGUAACGUCUUUUCAUGCCUGUUCCCCCAGAUUUGAUUUUAAAACUUGUAAUUUUUUCCCUGCAUUAUCAGCACUCUCUCUAGAAGAUGCAUGAGGAGGAUAAAACGAACUUAUCUUUUACAGGGUUUUGUCAUAAUAGACACCUAUGUCUCCUGGCUAUUUGCUACAAGGAAAUGUACGCAGCCAAGGAGGGAUGAUUUCUGAUUAGAUUUUGUGAGUCUUCAGCUGCUUGAGAGCUUGGAGAACUGAGUCAUUCUAAAAGAAAUCGAGGGUAUAGAAUCUUUUCGGAAGGAAAGCUAGACAGACUAAUGACAUCAUUGCCCAUAUAAUUUGGCCGCCAAAACAACCAGUUACUUUGAGUUCCUUACUAUAGUUUGGUGAAUUCUCGCGAGGCGUAAAUGUUACAGCUACUUGAAUUCUGACACAUGAAUUUUUUACUCAGUAACACAGUGGUAUACUAAAAAAAAAAGAAUAAUAAUAAGAAAACGUAUAGAGGAAAAAAAGAGGAAAUUAAUUUAAAAGUCGACAGAAUGAUUUCAAUGGAAUCAUUCUUAUCGGCGAAAUUUAUUUCCAGGUGUUUUGUAUGGGCUGCAGAAUAUUCCUCCAUUACAUGUCUCUGAAAAGUCAGUUUAAUAUUUUUCUCAGCUGAUUGAAACAGCUUCUGACCGAAAGAAACUUAUGCCCCAUUCAAAUCAACGGAACAUGUUUAUAGUUAAACCGGGUUUAGCUGCAUGAAAAUCCGAAACAGAGAACUAAAAAGUCGAAUUUUCUAUAGGAUUCAAGUAGUCACUAAGUGUAUUUCAAUUUGCUAAAUUUAAAGUCGACAUUCACCGGUUUAAGUGGCUUCUAUGAAGAAAGAAAAAUUCAGCUGUGUGUAACAGAAUAGCUUCAAAAUAUUUUUAAGCUUUGAUGUGAAUGAGGUAUAAGACACAUUUGUUAGCAAAUGAUUCUGAUGUUAAUUUCCUGUGUCUGAGUGAUUUCAAUUAUUAGUGUCCAUUUCCUCACUUCUUUCUGCUCAACGUUGUUCUCAAAGCUUUUCGAUAUUUCGGCAGCCGCCAAGCGAAUAGAAACGGGUCCAAAAAAAACUUCAAGUAGAGAGUGUUGUCCGCGAUAACUCGAACCACAAAAAGAGUGUGGCUUUUUUUAGUGUCUUCAUCAGCGUACAAAUAUAUAUACCACAGUAUAGCGGUCGGCUGCGAGCACAGCAAUAGUAUCACAAUGAGAAGAAGAUUUAGUCGCACGAAAUUCCUUUCGAUCAUUGGUUUUGAUUUCCGUCUCUGUUUCCGAGGGUGAACUUCGUGCGUUGUGGACAUGCUUACUGAAUUUGUGGUAUGCAGGGUAGCGGAUCUUGCCGUCAUUUGUUUGCGGAAGGCUUUCUGAAGUAAAGCGUAAGUUAUGAUGGUGAAUAACAGUGAUAAUGUUGAGUGGAUGUACAAGUCGAGUUUUUCCAGCAACUCUUUAGGGACUCCUACGGUUCGAGACAUCUCGAAGACGGUUGAAUAUAGCCAGAUACACGCCACGCAAACUAACGUCUUUCGAACGCUGAUAAAACGCUUGUACUUGAGCGGAAAUGCAACGGCCACAUACUGCGCGAAAGUGAACGCCAUGACUAUCAAAAAUGAAGAAUUAGUGGUAAUAGCGGCAAUGAUACCAGCAAUGUUAAAGAUCUUUUCACAGCGUUCCACUUUGGAAUGUCGAUGAUAGUGCAUAAAAUAGCAGCUUGUAACCACUGGUUCUGGAACAAGACCUGUUGCCAAAUCUGUGAUCGCAAGACCCACGAGGAACCACGCGGUCGGCGUGCGGAACGUGUUAAAUGGAUCCUUGUAUAUUGCUAUCAAAAGCAUUACAUUAGCAAGGACGGUUAACGGACAUAUCACGGCUAAAAAUGAACCAGACACCAAGAAAACUGUACCCAGGUUUGGCUGAUCGAUAUCAGUGGCAUUAAAUGUUGAAUUCAUCCUUCUGUUCGUGUUCAACAGAUUUUCCUCACCCCGUCUCGGUAUUUCUUGUCAACCUUGUCUUAGGAUUUUUUUGCUUUACGCUACUCUUUGUUUCCUCAUUCAGUCUUUACAUCUGUCUGGACGAUUCCGUGUCAAUCUUUUGAUUUUGGAUUCGUCUGGUGAUUCGACGUGCGGUGUUGUUGAUGGCGCGAUAUCAAAGGCUUGUUGCCUCCCUGCAUGCGGUAGUCGUCAAAACAUGUUGUUAACAAAGGUAACCAAUGUUCCUUAAGAUCAAAUCCGUCGAUCUCAGUGCUGGAUUAUGAGUUAACAAUGCGUAUUGUGUCUUAAGAUGUGCGCCUUUUUGAGAAAAAGAAUGCGAUUUAAAUACUCUUAGAAACUGUAUCUCGGUGCGAUGAAAUAUAUAUCGGACGAACCGUUCCCUAGAUACUUUAACCAACCUCUGAAACGUUCUAUUUUUUUUUGUUUGGUCGCAUGUUAUUUCUUGUCGCGGUGUAUUCUUCAACCUUGCGUCAUGUCGCGGUGUAUUCGUCAAACAUUUGGUGAUCAAUUUGUUGUCUCUGAUACCUCUCGCUCUCAGCAGUUUGCUCAAGACACUUUUUUCAGUUGUUGUCAUCGGUAUUAGCUCGCAAAAUUAUGUGGUUUUCAAGGGAUGCACCUGUUGUAUAUUUACAUGGCAUACAAUGCAAGCUUCUCCUAUUUUCCUUGUGGUGUUUUAAUAGUGAUUUUCAAAUGAUCAACUCAACAAAGGAGGAAAUAAGUAGAUUUUGGGCUAGUGUCACUUUUGAAGUCUUUGCUUUCAUCUCAAUUUUUUCGUGGUCGCGCAGAUUAACAGCUUGAACUCUGGUUCCCUCCCGCCGUUUUUAAUUGGUACUCCGCUUCCAAAGUGCGUUCCUUUUUCAUGCAGUAUGAAUGACCAGAGAAAAGUUUCAUUAAUUUAAACUGUUAAAAAAUUUCCAUUUUUAAGUGAUCCAACUAAUUUCCAUUCAGUUAUGUGCUGGAAAUUGAUUAAGUGAAGAAAGCAAUAAGUGAAAGAAAGUCCUAGUUUUUUCAUUUAAUAUUUGAUAUCGGCCAAAUUGCCUAAAUUAUUGUCCUCAAUUUUACAGAGGCUUAUUUCGCGGUUUUCAAAAUUAAACUUUGAAAUCGCUCUUACAAACGUCAAAUAAGUUCGAGUAAGAUUUUUCAAUUUUAAUUUCGAUUUUUUUACUAAGGCUGAGUGGGUUUUGUGGGCGUUUUACAAAAUUGUUGUGCGGUUUAAUUAUGAGGUGAAAAUUGUUUGAAUUGAAGCGUUUGUGUCGCACUAUUGUGUAAAUGUCGCACACCUAAUGGGAGAGAACGUCAUUGUUCAUGUUUCAAAAGUUGCUCAGACAUUCUCGCCUUUUACUCGAACGAGUUUCAAUGAUGAUCGCGCAUAGCAACUGUUGCUGCUUUGAUAAAAUGUUCGACAGUUCGGUUUUGUAUUUCGGUCCUCGCAUAUACGGCGACCGUUUGCAUAUUAUACGGUUGUUAUUUAAUCAUACGAUUCGUAUCUGUCAAAACCAUAAUUUGCUAGUUGUCCGAUUAGAAUUAAAAUGCAAUAUGUUUUGUUUGCUUGUACUUGCGGAGAGAACUUUUUAUUAUUUCUCCGUCAGAACAUGACUUUGAGAACGUGAUUUCAAAUGUUCAGAAAUUAAUCUCCAAGAAAUUAUUGUAGACACUAAAGGUUGAUGCCAAACUGUUUCUUUGAGAUAUAUUGCGGUUUUUGUUUGUUAAAAAAUUGAAACACAAUUGAAAACUUUCGGUAAGAAUUUCGGACGAUUUAUCUGGUGUACAACAAAAUUGUAAUCGUGCUGAAAAAUUGUUAGAAAUAAAAAUUUCGAUUUUUUAUGGCAAAUUUGUAUUCUGGUGUUAUUAUUCAGACCAGCUUUUAAUAUGCAAUACUAAUUCGAAUAUCAAAUUCUUUAAAAAGACAGGGGCAUAGUAUUUAUUGUUAAUUUUGCUUGGAGAUGAUUUGAGUAGUAAUUUUUUUUCCUUUUUUUGACACACUUCUUUAAACAAAAACAUUCCUCGUGAGUAUUCUGGAAAUGCCGAUUUUGUCUAUCCGAUUAAAUCACAAACGAUAUUUAUCUUAGUUGACGGCUGAUUUUUUUUUUAUCAUACAGCUUCUUGAUGCUAUGGAAACUGCGCAGAAGUGGUAAGCAAAUGAAUUCCUUUUUCAUUUGUAUUUAACCCCCCCAAGAUUAGUAUGCAUAUUCUCCUUACUAGUCUAUAUCCAUUCCCUUUGGUACAAACGAGGGGAAUUUGUUCAACAGUUAAAAGCCUCUCUCGUUGGUGAUCAUUUCUCUUAUUCUCAUGGCAUUAAUGUGUGAUUCAACAGUGAUACUGUGAGGAUAAUUAAGAUGCCAAUCACUUUUAAGGGAUUAGAAGGUUAAUUUUGACACCAGUUUCAUGAGUGGCUCGCAUUUCUUAUAAUUUUUGAACGUAAACUUUUUUCUAGAAUAACAAAGUGCGAGAGCUUAUCUUGUUACAAAUGCAAUGGUCUGCUAUGACAAAGUGCGACAGCUUGUUCACCGCAAUGCGCGACAAGUGUUAUUACAAAGUGUGACAAGUGUUAUUACAAAGCGCGACAGCUUGUUCACUGCAAUGUGCGACAAGUGUUAUUACAAAGUGUGACAAGUGUUAUUACAAAGUGUGCCAAGUGUUAUUACAAAAUGUGACAAGUGUUAUUACAAAAUAUGACAAGUGUUAUCACAAAGUGUGACAAGUGUUAUUACAAAGUGCGACAGGAAGCUUUCCCACCUCCCUUUAUUCCUGAUUCCAGAAUUCAUCUUCUUUGCGUUGAAUUUCUUUCAGGUUUCACCGAGCGCAUCAGUACGACGAGCAAUACACAAUCCCCCACAUUUACUUGGACAUUCUGCCGAGAGCAAGUGCUAGUCAAGUCCAUCCUCACUUCCACGUGGCUUUGGCACGUGACCAUUACUACGGUGAGUAUGGUGACCACUUAUUUCAAUUAAUUCUCUUAACUACCUAACAAGCAAGUGGCAAUCAACCAGACAGGCAAAUAGUCCAUUUUACAGUUGUGUACUUGGUUGCCAAGCCUUUGAACAGGAAUGAGGCUAAGGGUGACCUUGUUGUGAUACAAACCUUGUUGCUUUUCAAAUGCAAAUUACUUUGUUAUCAUGCCAACUAGAUACUAGUCUCUAUCACAACAAGGUCACCCUCAGCCUCACUCCAAAUCAAAGGCUUGGCAACUAAGUACACAACUGUAAAAUGGCCCAUUGCUCAUAUGAUUAUUUUGCAUGUUCUUCAGCUAGGUGGGCCCAUUUCCAAGUGUCCGCCAUGAAAUAUUCUGCGAAUCAUGAUGGAGAAAACUAUUUCUCAGCUUUGAAUAGAGUAAGUAGGAAUCUUCGCUGGGAUUAUCGAUCAUUUAUUUUAAGUAUAUACUACACAAGUGAGUAGUGCUUUUCGCGUGCUCUUAUUGGCUAGUUCGGAAGUGAAGAGCGAGUACUUUUCAAUUCCGAGCAGCCGAUGAGGCAAAAUCGCGCGUCAAGAGUUUAAUUUUUCGGUAUCUGUGUGGUAUAUACUAAAAUAAUUAUUUACCUCAGUAUCGGUGAAAAUGGUAGAUCUUUACCUCCACGUGGGUAAGCUAUUGUUAAAUAUUAGCUACUCAGUAUAAAAUUUACGCGCAGUGACGUUUCUUAUACGUUCAUUCACUGUUCAGACGGCAAAAAAAGCUAAUGCUAUCAAACGUUCCUGUAACCUUUUACACCAGUACAUCUGCAUGUAUAUUUUCCAUUCUGUUCUUUGUACAUUUCUCAUAAGACUUACAAGAACUUUCAAUUUGAACCAUUCUACAUAUUUAACGAGAAGUUUUUAUUCUCCGUGGCCUUGUAGAUCCACAGUGCGUUGGGUCUUUCUGUUCAGUACGGCAAUGCCAGUGUUAUAGCAUCCGUGGUAAGUGUUUUCUUUGUUGUCUUUGACCUUGUCUGUUUAGUGAAGCAUUGUUCACCAGGGACACUUCGUUACCGUCGACGCUCGUACACCCAUUGAUAAGGGUCCCCAGUAAUUGCGGGGACCCCGCUGAUAGAGACCCCACCAUUACGACCCCCUAAUUCAUCUCCUCUGAUCAGCCGAUAUUAAAAUUGGGAACCAAACUUCUGGCCUCCCGUUCUGUUUUGGGAGUAACCUUUUUUUAAUAUUGUCCCCUUUGGGGAUCGGCUCUUCCUCAAAUACUGGGUUCCUUACUGUGACAUUCUUUCCGCCCUUCGAAAAGAGAGGAACAGUUAUGCUCCAAAAAUAUAGUUUGAACAGUUACUUGAAUCCUGUGACACCGUUUUCUAGGGGACACUUUUCCUAGUCUCAAGGGUGUACCCCGAUUUAGAUGUUCCACAGUAACUUUAUAAUCAACGCUAUAUUUAAAGAUUUUCUAUUUUAUUUCUUUCCCAGACUCCUGCCGCGCCCUAUGAAAUUUACCUGUUCAGUAAGACACCUUGUAAAGAUCUCUUCCAGCUUCUCUACUACUCUAUCGCCGGUAAGUUGGUGUUUCUCCAGCGCAGAAAUGUCUUGUAGUCUUUUAAUGAUGUGAAUAAAUGACGAAGGAAUGUUUUUUUCUUAUUUACAGCUCUAAGGGAUGACAUGGAAUUGUACGCCAUGAGUGCAGGAAUGGUAUUCCCAAAAUUGGUAAGAGUCAGAACCAUACAAAAAAGUUAGAACGCAUCGCCGAACGGUUAGAGCGACAGCCAGACAGACGAACUCACGGAUAGACAGAUAGACAGACAGACAGACAGACUGACCGAAAGACAGACAGGCAGACGGAGAGACAGACAGUCAGACGGAGAGACAGAGAGUGCGAUAGAUAGUCAGAUGAGAGAAUAUACAGCCAGACAGACUGACUGAAAGAGAGACAGUCACAGGGAGAGACAGACGGUCCGACGGAGAGACAGAGAGAUAGCGACAGAUAGUCAGAUGGAAGGACAGACAGACAGAAAGACAGACAAAGAGCUACAGAUGGACAAACACACGGACGGACUAAAAUAAAAAUUUCCUAUUCUUCUGACGUUAACUUUUUUAUCGUCAUUUCAGGGGCCGUUAACUGACCAAAGUGAUUUACCCGCAAUCAUAAGACUCGUGUAUCGCGGACCUGCGGAAGCGUAAGAACACUUGUUGAUACCCGUUUUAUUUUAUAGCUCGUUUCUUUUUCAAUGAUAGCAUCCUAGUUUAGCAUCAGGAUUUAGUUUAGAGACCAAUUGACAUUUUCCUUAGCCUUUUCAUAGAAUGUAUAAAUAUGACACUACCCGCGUUUUGAUAUUGCAUGGAGCUGCUUAAGCUUCCAAACGUUGUCCUUAAAUUUGCCUAAAAUUCCUCAACGGGCGUCGGCCAUUUUGAAACGCGCUGAGCAUUCCAGUCACUCACCUUUGAAGUAUCAAGUUCUUUUUUUUUUUCAUCUCCCAACGAUUCCGGAAGUGAAUACCUUAUAACCUCUUGUCCAUGCUUCAUAUUGAAGUCUUGAUGGCCAGGAGGCCCACAAUUACUGGUGGGAGACUGGGGAUGAUUGACUAACCUUUCAUUUUAUUUCAUAGGAGACGAGCGGAUAUCGAUUCCCUCAUGUUAUUCGGGGUAAGUUGAUGUUUUUCUUUUUUUCUUCUUUAAUUUGCUUCAUUUGUCUUUCCCUUUCCAUUUAAUAGGCUUUUUCAACAUUAAACUAACUCUUGUUAUGUUUUUUUUUCCUUUCCAGACUGUAAACGUUAAUGUCGAUCCUUACACGGUGAUUAAAAGCAUCAAACAAUCUAUAGCCAAGCGAAGGCCAAAACCUGGGUAGAAAAGUGUCGCAGUGGCCAUCAUUUGGGACCCUACCGUUUCGAAAUUUUGCGAAAGGUAUUCAAAGGGAGCAAUGAAUUAUGGGUACUAAACCUCAGUUUCCACGAUGCAAGUGUCGAUGGGUGGAAUAAAAAAGCGAUGCUAAACAAGCUUUUUAUGAAUUUGCUUUACUUUCACGAGAAACAACCUCGCAGCAGAGCAAAAUGGGAUCGUAGUUCGAUUUAAUGUGAUUCAGACUUGUCAUCAACUGAUAAAUAUUUUAGUAUUUAAUUUUAUUUCUUAUAUGUUUCUUCAUCAUAAGGUAGAGAGCUUAUUAUUUGAAGAACGUUAUUUCUGUGCUGUAAUUGACAGGAAUGGAUUGUAAAUGUGUUUCAGCAUUGCAUACAAGUUAACAUAUUUAUGAACUCUAAUUGUCAAUAACUUUUUGUAAAGGUUGACUUUGUAUUGCUAUGACAACAUUGCAGACUUAUUUAUUAUCACAGAUAUAAAUUGUAGCCAAGAGAUUAAAUUAUUAGUCAGUUGAGCAAUGGAUAAAUCGGUCAAUCAGUCACUCAAUUCAUUUAUAAAGAGGGUAAGUUUCUAAAGAAACUGUGAUGCUGCGUGGGUGAUGGGAGUUUAACGGGAUAAUUUUGCGGGUUUUAUCAACUGGGUUUGAAUGAAAAUUGGCC